AUGCCGGCAUGCAGGUUCUCAAGGAGGGGACGUUGCAGCCCUAUCGGGACUCCCUGCGAGAAAUAGUGCUCAACAACAUGCGACAGCUGUGGAACAUCCAUUCUCGUGCCUUCCAUGGGUUACACCUACUGAACACCAUAUAUAUACGGCACGCGCCGCUGCUGCGUCACCUGGCGGACGACUUGUUCAGUAGGACGCUGCCCAGCCUGCGUACACUGCGAAUCGUGCACACUGGCCUCGAGGAUAUUCCGCGCCUGCACCGUCUCAGGACAAACUCCAUACUGCACAUGGUUUGCUUCGAAUUCAAUUAUGAAGUGUAUCACCAGAAAGACGGACUAUAUAUGGAGCGUGCUAUACCAGAUAUUUUGGAUAACAGUUUUAUUAAUCAACUCGACAACCCCAACUUAGUGAGGAAAACUGUGUGCAACUCCAGGAAUGUGAACGACAUCAUUUUGCUAAUUAUUGGUAACGACAAGAAAAUUGAGAAAACGGGACGUGUCGCGAACAGCCAUCGGGUCGCUGCCCACGGUGGGGCUGAGAGAGUUGGAGGUGCUGCGCCUGCAGGACACCGACACCCUCAAGGUCAUCCCCUCCAUCUUCAAUUUCGAGCACUUGCGAGAGGCGUGGCUGACGUACCCGUACCACUGCUGCGCCUUCCAGUUCCCGGCGGCCCACGACCCCGCAGAGUUCGCCAAGCGGCAGCGAUGGCUGUCGGAGGUGCACGCCAACUACUGCGGCCGGCAGCAGCAGCAGCAGCUGGGCGACGACGAGCUGCACAUGAAGGUCGCGAGCGCGAGCAGUUCGGUCGCGUCGUCUUCUCGCCCGACAACUCCAGCUCCGUGUGGCCCAAGGAGCCUGACUGGGGCGCCCUCGCCGCCGCCGCCAACUCCGCCAGCGGCCGCCUCGCCGGCGAGCUCUUCCACCAGGAGGUGAACGUCCAGCCGCGCCUCGCCGACGCCUACUGCACCGGCGGCAACGUCUCCACCAGGAAGACCGGCCAGGUGCGGUGCCAGCCGUCGCCGGACGCGUUCAGCCCGUGCGAGGACCUGCUGGGCAACUGGGCGCUGCGCGGCGCCGCCUGGGCCGUGGGGCUGGCGGCGCUGCUAGGCAACCUCGCCGUGCUCGCCGUACUGCUGGCGGCGCGCUUCCGUCUCAGCGUGCCCAAGCUGCUCAUGUGCAACCUCGCGCUCGCCGACCUCUGCAUGGGCCUCUACCUGCUCAUGCUCGCCGCCGUCGACGCGCGCUCCCUCGGGCAGUACUUCAACUACGCCAUCGACUGGCAGAAAGGUAAGCGACAGCGCGACCUUCUGCAGCCUGCACUGCGGUCACACCAGCAACUUGAUGCAAACCUAUCAUUCACAGAGAAGUGUCGUGAAUAG